ACCAACUCAAACCAACUGGAGCUUGUGCCUUGCGCUGAACGGCGAGCGUGCGAACAGCGAGCGUCCAUCAGUUCAGUUAUUCAGUUGCAGUUGUGUGUAAGCCGUUAGUGAGUCAACACUGUCAAAAGUCGUUCCAUCCACGUAACGAAACAAAACAAAACAAAACGAAACAAAACGAAACAAAACGAAACAAAACAAUAAAAAUAAAACUGUUAUACAUCUGUGAGAGAGAGCCUGGAAAAUCGUUGACCAAAAACUCAAAUUACAAACACCAGGAGAGAGAUAAAAACCUCGAGGAGCCCCUCGGUAUCACCCCCCUCCCCCUCACCGGAGGCUAUAUAAUAAUAUAUAAUUCUCUCAAAAUAAUCUCCUAAAAAUUGGUAAAAAAUGGUGAUGUCUCAGUGUUACGGAAUUAUCAAAUACACGCUUGUUUGCGUCAACUUGGUUUUUUGGGCACUGGGUCUUGCAGCGGUAGUUCUAGGGGUAUGGAUGCUAGUAGACAAUACAUUCAUAGUGUCGCUGACCCAAGAAGAGUCUAAUUACCAUGCAGGAUUGUACAUAAUGGUGGCAGCAGGAGCGCUCCUCCUGAUAGUCUCAUUCCUCGGCUGCUGCGGCGCAUUUCGUGAAUCCCAGUGUCUCCUGGUUUCCUUUUUCAGCUGUCUACUGGUCAUUGUUGUCGCUCAAAUUGCUGCUGGGGCAUGGCUUUACACUCAUCGGGAUACUUUUGGACCACUCGUCAAGAGGGCAUUUACAGAAACUAUUAAAAAAGACUACGGUGUCAUUGAAUAUCGCACAGCAACCAUUGACGCCUUUCAAUCUAACUUGGGAUGCUGUGGAGCUAAUGGACCAGAUGAUUGGGCUGGUAGUGAAUAUAAUACCAAAGGCUCAACUUUGAGUGGUCUCAGCGUUCCUGUUACCUCGAAUGGAAACAAUAAUUAUGAAUUGCCCGAGUCUUGCUGCAAAGAGAAGGGCUCCGAGGCCUGUCGAAGAGCACGUCAAGUCAAAAUUGGAGGAUUUGUCGACAAUGCUAUUUAUUCUGAGGGCUGUGUCGACAAAUUAAUCAGCAAACUAAAUGACCAGGGCUGCAGUAUUCUCAUUGCAAUAAUUGCUCUGGGCAUCGUUGAGCUAAUUGGACUAAUCUUUUCUCUAGUGCUCUGCUGUGCCAUCGGUUCUUCCGAUCGAUACAAAGCUUAAGGAGAAAAAUUUGAGAUAUGGAGAUUUUUUUUUUUUUUUCUAGUAACGUAAGCAUCAGAAUUUUUUUCGCCAAGAUCUAUCGUAUUACUCUCCUGUCCAGAUGUGCCCAAUCGCUCGCUCUUAAACUUAUGACUGGUUUUUAGUUGAAGGUAAAAAAAAUAAUAAUAAUUAAGGUUUACUGUGUGUGCCAAGAUAUUGCCGGUGGAAAAGAUACUAAAAGACGCUUCACUUGUCGAUGCUUCACAUCAGUCAAAUUUAUUAAUGUUGAGAGAUUAAUCACUGAGUAAUAAGAGUCCAUCCCGUACCUUUAGAUGUCCAUUAGUUCUAGGAUUAAUUCUAGGAUAAGGGAAAUCUUUUGAAUUCUGUUGAAGUAGAAAUCUCGGAUGCAGUAUAGAUUGUUUAAUAUGAUAUGUAUGAUGACAAGUAAAUAUUGCAAAAGAAUUUUUGGGCUAUUUGGACGUCCAGCAUUUAUGAAGUUCACUGUAAAUUGCUUUGGGAGGUAAUGAUUAUUGUGAUGUCUUGAAUAACAGCAGAUCGUUGGCUAUCAGUACCUGCCUAUUUACAAUUUAUUGAUGACGAUAAACGCAAAUUUAAUAUGCGUUUGAUGUGCGAGAGUAAAUUAAUUCUAUUAUGCUAUGAGAAGGAGUUUGAAUAUUUGGAAAAUGAAAGAGUGACAAAUUGGAUUAAUUGGAGUGCCUGUUAAAUUUUUCUUUUCAUUUUUUUCAUGAAAUAUUGAGAUGAAAAAAAUUGCUAAUAAUAAUUAUCACUCGA